CUUUGGGGCCGGACCCGUUCCCGAGUUAUGUCAAAGUCAAUGACACAAAGUGUUGAGAUAGUCAGACAUCAUGAUAAAUGGCCAUGACGAUAGCUCUAUGGUCAACACGCGCUGCACUUGGAGUGCUCCGUUCAAAUAUUCUAAAUCGAUAAUCUAAGGGAUUCCGAAAACUUAAGAAUUGGGACCGUUCAUUUCUUCAUUUUGAUGUCCCAUGCAAAAAGCUGCAGGCCUAACCCAUAUUUCCCUCCCUCCCUCCGAGCUUGUCAGCACAACAAAGUUCUUUAUCACACUCACUAUCUCGUAGCUAGCUACCUACCCCUCGCUUUCACGAUGAAAAUCCUUUACCACACCAUCUUCUUCGCCUUCAUCGGCAUCUCACUCGCCCACCCCCGAAAAGAUCGCCAAGAUUACGGCAAUAAAAUCGACUACAACUCUGUCUGGAGGGAAAACUUCAUGUACGAAGCCAAUAUCCAGUUCUCGAGCAGAGACUGGAACGUCGCCGAAGGCUUUGCACCUAGUCCUGGCAACGAUUCUCAUUUGGGUCCAGAACGCGGUUCUAAUGUCAAGUACGACGCCGGUACUGCCAGCCUCCGGAUCAAUAAAGAGGGAAAUCUCGUCAUCCAGCCAACCAAAGACGACAGUGGACAAUGGCUUUCAGGAAAGAUUGAGACAGUAAUGAGCUGGGUCACCAAAGCGACAACGGCGAGGUUGUUCGAAGCCAGGAUCAAGGUUGGAGAUGCCCUCAUGGAAAACUCGCAAGGCAUUUGGCCUCGCAUCUAUCUCAUGGGCAAGACUUAUAACGAAGAUCAAUCAAAUUGGCCGAGAAUGGGAGAGAUUGAUAUUUUCGGAUUGGCGAAUGGCGGCGAAACGUUCACACCUACAAUUCAUUGCGGCGAGCCAAAUGGCGGGCUUCCUUGCAGCGAACCCCAGGGAUUCAAAGCGCCAAACGCCAUUCCUUUUUCUCGAGGCAGUCUUCACACUGUUGGUUUGCUCAUCGAUAGAAGGGAAUGCCCUGCGCCGGUUGCAGGGACGACAGGUGAAUGUUGGGAACAUGAGUCAAUUAGCUGGUUCCUGGAUGAGGAGCCAACAUACAAGAUCACUGGAAGGGAGUUUGGGGACAGGGAUGCGUGGCAGAAAUUGGUUCAUGAGGAGAUCAUCAUUGGGUUAGCAGUUGGUGUCGGUGGUGAUGGAGUUGGCCCUCCCAAUGAAGCUACUACAACGGGAGAGUCUGUGGGAAUGGAGAUUGACUAUGUUGGUGUUUGGGAGGCCAAAGUUCACUCAAGUUGAUCUUCCAUCCUCGCUUCGAUAUCACCUUUGUGUUCUCAAUUUGGGUUUGCUGUGUAUUUUGGUUCUCAUUUGUGG